AUGGCGAAGUGGGACGUGAAGGAGGGAGAAAUGGGGAGCGACGAGGAAGAGUCGUUGGGCGAUGGAAGAGAGGAGGAAUUAGAGGAGCGAGAGGAGGACGAGGAGGAAGGAGAGGGAGAGGGGGAAGAGGAGGAAGGGGAGGAAGCGGACGAAGGGGAUGAAGGGAAGGAGGAGGAGGAAGGGGAGGAAGGGGAGGAUAACGAGGAGGAGGAGGAAGGAGAGGAGGGGGAGGAAAACGAGGAGGGAGAUGCAGCGGCUGCGCGUGGGUUGGAUCGGCUACGAACGAACGAAGACGCCACCGAAGGGCGGAGUGAUUAUAGCGAGAGUGAUAGUGAUGAGGGCGAUACGGAACGAAGUGGAAGCGACGGGGACGACGGCACGAUGGGCGCAGAGAAUGGGCUUGGGAACGGGCAGAAACGGCGGAAAGGGGAGGGGGACGCGGGGGACGAGCAGGGAGAGGGCGGGAAGAGAAAGCAGGCGAAAUUGGCGAAAGGGAAGAAGCGACACAAGACCGGCGUGUGUUACCUUUCGAGAAUACCCCCUCGCAUGAAGCCCUUGAAGCUGCGUCACUUGCUGUCGCCGCACGCGGAAAUCCUUCGGAUAUACCUGGCACCUGAAGACCCAGCAGCUCGCCAGCGGCGGCGGGCAGCGGGGGGCAGCCGAAACAAAAACUUCACAGAAGGGUGGGUGGAGUUUGCGCGGAAGAGGGACGCCAAGCGAGUGGCAGCGGUGCUCAACGGGCAGCCCAUGGGCGGCAAGAACCGGUCGCACCACCGGUUUGACCUGUGGACCAUCAAGUAUCUGAAGCGGUUCAAGUGGGACAACCUCAGCGAGGAGAUGGUGAGGGAGCAGAAGCUGGAGGCGGAGAUGCGGGUGGCGGCCAAGGAGAGGGAUGCGUAUGUGACGCGCGUGCAGCACAGCAAGGUGCUGCAGCGGCGACAGGCCAAGGCAGCCAAGAAGGCUAAGCCAGCAGCAGAAGGGGCGGAGGGAGGGGAGGGAGCAGCGCAGCCGCAGGCGCGGCAGGCUGUGCGGCAUUACAUGCAGCGCGGGGCGAUAGACGAGGGGCAGGAGAAGGAGGAGGGUAGACUCAUGUCCCGAGGCGUGCUGGGGAAGGUACUAGGUUGA